UCGCGCCAAAGAUCGCAUUUUUUUUUUGUUGAGGAAACAAACAAUGGUCAAAGCUGAAAGUAAAAUAAGAAUAAUAACAAUUAUUGAUGCAAUCAUAUUUAAAAUAAAGUAAAACAAAGUAUAAUCCUGAUGUUUCAUCUUUGUUAUGUAUAAAAUAUGCUUUUCAUUCCUUUUUUAUUCACUGUUGGUUUUAAAAGUACAGAGUGAGUGUUACAAAUUUGGUAAGAUGAAGUAUGAAUUUGAUUACUACAAAAGAAUGUACAAUGAGUUUGUCGGAAAUCCGUUUCAAAAGGCCAACACUCCCUUACCAGACGUAUUUGACUAUAAUGUUGAAGAAAGACGAUUACAAAAGCUACAAUGUGGAAAAACAACCGUCGACCCUGAGUCAGCCAUAUUAGGCGGACGAACAGCUAAAGACAAGGCCUGGCCCUGGUAUGUACUUCUGAAACACAACACCACCAGGGGACUGUGUGGGGGUGUGCUGAUUGACAAUCGAUGGGUGCUGACGGCCGCUCACUGUCUCCUCAACAAAACCAUAGCUUACGCGAGUUUUGGUAACUUUAAGAGGAACGACACUACUCGACGUGUGAGUCAUACAUUCGUCCACGAGGACUAUGAAUCGGUGUCGAAAUUCUCUGCCAGCGACAUCGGUAUGGUUCUACUUCAGAGACCAGUGAAAUUCUCCGACGAGAUCCAGCCGAUCUGCCUACCCGGUGAAGACAUGAAUUUUGAGGGUAACCUUCAGUGUUACGCGAUGGGCUUUGGAACCACCGACCCUGACGUGCGUGUCGGAAGCGACACUCUGCAGCAGAUAAAAGUCAACAUCACUUCUCAGGCCGUCUGCGUUUAUGCCUACAGGAUGUCCAAUGUGAGCGUGGACAGUCGAAACAUCUGCUCUGAAAAAGAGCCGAAUAUCGGCCUGUGCUAUGGCGACUCUGGAAGUCCACUAAGCUGCAAGUAUGGUCAAAGGUUUGUUGUAGCUGGAAUCGCCGUAUUUGUUAGUCCGUAUUGCCGAAGCUUAUACUGGCCCGAUGUUUAUGUUAGAGUCAGCGAGUUCCGAAACUGGAUCAUAAGAAUAGUAGGCAGAUACAGGAGUGUUGGACCACUUGUACUGCCUGAUGAUCAAAACUAAAUUGUGUUAGCUCAUUAGAAUUAAAAGUACUUUUAUGAACA